AAUUCUGCGUUAGUAGUGUUUUUUUUAAACCCAUUUUCUGGCUAUUAUGUCAAGGAUGUUAAAAUAUUGGUAGACGUUUUAGUGAAGACACCGGAAAUUUCCGUUAUUACUUUUAAACGCUUUAAGGAAACUAAUGGACAAUAUUUAGGCAGACUUUGUUUUCACAUAUUUAUGUUUAUGUUAGUGGUCUAUUAGCGAUAUACAAUUAGAAUAAAAAAAAAUUUAAACAAUGUCCAAAGUAGAUAAAGAGUGUUUAAGGAGAAACUAUACUUUUGUUACAAAUGAGAUCGACGCUCUGGAACUGGUUGACCGUUUAGUUGAAAGUGAAGCCAUAGGCCUAUCAUCGAGUGAUAGAACACGUAUUGUUGAUAUAAAUUCAAAUAUUGUCAGGAAUAGCGUUCUUGUCAAUAUAAUAUUAAAUAGCAGCUCUGAAUAUGUAUUAAACUCUUUUUUGAAAUCGCUAGAACCAAAGUACAAACAUGUCCUGGAUAAACUUAAACAGCAAGAGCUGCGGUCGAUCCCUUCGGCAAAAGUAGUAGAAUCACUGUUCCAGCUUGGAAAAACAUACUUAUUUCAGCUUGGAAAAUCACUUAUGUUCCAACUUACGGAAACCCAGGUAAACGAACAAAAUGUUAAAAAAGAAAAACUAAGACAAGAAAACAAAGAAUUACAAGAAACACUUGGCAAACUUUCGAUAUUAAGAACUGCUGAAAUAAACUCAUUAACCUUUGAACAAGAACAUCCAAAAUCAAGCAGACGAGAUCUCCCAGAACCUAAAGAUGUCUCAAGUAUUAAUCUAAAUGCAUCAAGCCAACAGAAAUUAAUUCCUGUGAAAGAUUUUUUAUUGACACAUCUUCCCCCAUGCUAUCAGCAUGUUGAGAUGUUGAGCUUAAUCAGGUCCUUGGUUGAUAUCACUGUCAAAAUUGAAGUGAAUGAUGUGGACCAAGAGAGAAAACAGUUUUGGGAUGGAGUUCAGACAUCAGUACUGACUUCAAAGUCUUUGGAUACAAUGGACGUGCCAGGAAGUGCUGAAGGUAAUCCAAAAAAUGCCUCAACUAGGAAAACAGAAAAUACUUUCCAUGAAUUUUCUAUAUUACAUAGUAAAGGGGAUGUAAAAGAUUUUACAGGGACGUCUGAUGGCAUUCGUUUAUCUGAUGUUGUGUUAGGAAGUGGUAAAGUCGAUGACGUGUUUAUUCGUACAGGGUAAAGUCGAUGACGUGUUUAUUCGUACAGACGGCCCAUGUCCAUGUCAUAAGAAAUGUCAAGAAUGGGGAGAAAUACGAGUGCUGACGUCUGCUCAGUUAAUGUACGACGACGAUGACGCCAAACAUUUCGUCUGCACAUUUUUUUAUGACGACGACGAUAAACGAAUGGACCAACUGAAAUCUGCUCGAGGGGACAGAAUAGUCCUGAGAGAUUUAAAGAAAGAUGUUUGUAUGUUUCUCUGUGUUACUUGUGAUGUAGAGCUUGUAAGAAAACUUGAAGGAAUGUUAGACAAGUUUGAACAAAGUUGGGAAAACGCUUUUGACAAAUAUGCCAACACUGUGAAGUGGGAAAAUGAAAAAUUGACAGUCAUAGUGUCUCAUCCUAACGGAUUAAGAAAACACAUUUCCCUUGGUAAAUCUUUGACUCCAAAUGUGGAGAGCUCUGACAAAAGACCACAAUAUGAAACUCCAACGUGCAAGGGAAGUACAGGAGCUUAUGUACUGAUACCAGACUUUGACGUUCAUGAUGACGUUUAAUCUUUGCUCUUGUGUUUGCUAUGGAUGUUAACUCUUUCCCUCCUAAUUGACGAUGCCAACGUUGAUUUCACCUCACUAAAGUAAAUUAUUUUUUCCAUUCAUAAAUUUUAACUCGUGUUGUGUAAAAAAAAGCAUGCAUUUUCCUACAAUUUAAUACCAAAUAUAACUUUCAUAUAACAAACAAAAAAAGUUAUUCAAGUUUAAUCGGAUCAGGAUGGCGAAAUACAAAUCAGCGAAAUGAAUAAUACUAUCGGAACGAGGAGAAUAAUGACGGAGAGAAAGAGUUAAUAUAAAAUAUACUAAAUUGAAUAUAAUUAACAUAAAAGAUAACAUAUAUACGGAUCUGUCAAGCUCAAAACUGCUGAUAUUAGACGUUACAAUUACUUGACGAACGAGAAAAAUGAACGACUUUGCGCAAUAGAUUGUCACGAAGAUAAAUUUGUAUUAGCUAGUGAGUUUCCUGACUCAGAGAUGAAAAAACAGUGCCAAAAGAUGAACAUCUUAGAGUUGGUCAAUAAUUCAAUACAAUUGUCAGUACGAGUUGAGGUGCGACUAACUGAACCAAGCCAGGGAAGAAAUCAGUUACAAGAAUCUGUUCCUGAAAUGUACAGCAAAUUCAAAAAUGUUGUCAUGCCACAUACCGGAAGUGGGAUCAUUAAAGACAUAUACACAAACGAGUCUUCCUCCGAAAGUCAAGUAGAAGUUUGUACAGCAAUGCACGUUGUUUUUAAUGACGAGGAAGCCAAAAACACGAAAUGUAGUCUAUAUUUUGAUGGUGAGGGUUACAGAACGGUUAUUUUAACCGGAACAAAUGAAUCAGGCUCAAACAUCAACAGCGAUUGGUGUAAAUUUCUUUGUAAAGUCGACAGCCAAAAGAUUGACGAAAUCAAGGAGAACUUUAAAAAGUUUGAGACAGAAUUGGGGAAUAAAAAACGAAAGAAGAUGAACAGAAAAAGAAAAGUAAUUUUAAUCUCCCAUCCACAUGGCGGUUAUAAAUAUAUCUCUAUUGGAGAUCAAAUUAUUGAAAAAGAUGGCAUCAGGUAUGACACACCAUCUUGUAAAGGUUGUAGCGGUGGCUAUAUAAUUCCAGUUGGAUAUAUUGAUAAAGGUACUUAUGUUCACAGCGGAUCUAGCUAUGAAAACGGUAAAAGAAAGUACGGUUAUGCUAGCGGUUUGAUUCCAGUAGUAAAACAUGGACAAUAAAUCACCUUUUCUUGACAGUUUGCUUUAUACAGUUUUCUUAAUUUUAAAAUAUUUUUGAAAUCAAAUAAAUUUGUUCUGUUGCUAAUGUAUAUUUCGUUGUUGACAUUGACAUCGUGAGCUUGUUGGUGUAUCAAGUAGCAAUAUAUGUUAAACAUUCUGAUUGUAUUUACAACUAUAAAAAAUCACGCCUGCA